AUAAAAUUAAUCCACAUUCCUCCAUCUUUUUAGGUUCCUUGCGGCCCGUUGCGUCCCGUCGUCUGAAACUCUCCGGUCCACCUGCUCCGUUCAGCCGCAGAAAUGUCAGGCCCCAAAGUCUUCUUCGACAUCGACGUCGACGGCAAAAGCGCCGGCAGGAUCGUGAUGCAGCUCCAGGCCGAUGUGGUGCCUAAGACGGCUGAAAACUUCCGCGCCCUCUGCACCGGCGAGAAGGGCUUCGGCUACAAGGGUUCCUCCUUCCACCGCAUCAUCCCGGGCUUCAUGUGUCAGGGCGGAGACUUCACCAACCACAAUGGAACCGGGGGAAAGUCCAUCUACGGCAACAAGUUCGCAGACGAGAACUUCACCCUGAAGCACACCAGCCCCGGCAUCCUGUCCAUGGCCAACGCCGGGCCCAACACCAACGGCUCCCAGUUCUUCAUCUGCACGGCCAAGACCACCUGGCUGGACGGGAAGCACGUGGUGUUCGGCAGCGUGGUGGAGGGGAUGGACGUGGUCAUGAAGAUGGACAGCCUCGGCAGCCAGUCUGGAAAACCCAAAUCCAAGGUGGUGAUCGCCAACUGUGGUCAGCUCUGAGCUCCAGCACUUAAAACACUUCCUGUUUCCCCCUGUAGCCACGCCCCUUCGUUCUAGGCUCCGCCUCCACCUUCAACAUUCCUAUUGAUGGAUCUCGAGCCCCGCCCCCUGCCAGCCCUCCACAUUUUGUUUUUUUAUUCUGUUGAAAUGAUGUUGCUGCAUUCGUGACUUUGCCUUUUUGAAAGUUUCUUUUGCAUUAACGUUUUUCCACAAAGUCCCAACGGUUUUCUUUUUGUUUAAAGAAAAUGAUGAAUAAGGAAAUAAAACAAAAGAUGCCUUGACAAUGAAA